AGCACGCCCCGCGCCGGCGUUGAAACCAAGGACGGGACGCGUUUCUAAAAGGCUUUAACGCGCCGCUCAUUCGUCGUAUUUUCUCGCGAUUUCUCUUUAGUGUGUGAUCAUGCCGCCGGAUCAACGGCGCCGACGAAUUUCGCUUGGCUAUCGCGAUUAUAGAAAGGACCGCGAAGAGGGUUUCGUCAUUAUCGCGAUCUGAAACAUCGAGUGCUCCGAAAAUAGUGUCGAGAAUCUAUGUAAUGUUCUCUUCUGCUGCUCCGAGACGAGAAGACGCUCGAACGAUGACCAUGAGGGAUCAUUGACAGGCGAGUCGCGAAUCUUGCGAAUCGCGGCUGUCAGCCGCGCGAUCGGUCCCGAGACAACUGGUUGGAGAUCGCAUCAUCCAGCCCCACCGGUCGAUUGCCUUUGUAUCGCGCGUCACAUGCGUGUCGCACGUUGAAACGUUAAUCCUCGUGCUGUACUACCGGUUAUACAUACAGAUUGGCCCUCAUCCCUCCAAGACGAUACGCUCUUACUCAUCCUGUCUGUCUCUCUUUUUUCAUCUUUCGCCAUCCUUGCGUCUCCUCCUGCUUUCGUCGGAGCGAAUCACUCGAUCCUCUCUCCCUUUCCGCCUUGUUCUCCUCGAUCAUCCGUUCCCUCUUCGUGUAUCCUUGUAGCGUCUCCGUCUCAGUCUCCUUAUUGCUCGAGAUCGAGUCUGCGAGUCGUUCGUGUUCUGCAAACGCGCGUGCCAAUGCAGAGAGAAAUGGUGAACGAGCAACGCGAUGAAUCCGAUCCUGCCGGCGGCGAGACAUAUGCGAGACGUCGAUAUGGUGUACGCAAUUGAGUCCUUCGUUCUCGCACCAUCCGACACUAGGUGACUUAAUCGCGACUCCAGAUUCGAGACAUCCCUUGUUCCACGAGGACAGCUACAUUCGGCGAAAAAGGAUUUUUACUUCCUCUAUAUAUCGAUGUGAAGAGAAUAAUGUACAUGGAGACGCACCGACACAGACAUCAUCGACAUCGCGAAAUAACGGAGAGAAAUAGCGGGAGAUGCGUCCGCGAAUGCGGAAUCGAAGAGUGGUAAUCGUUUCCCUCAUUAUCGCGACCAAUGAGAAGACACUUGAGCGGAAUCGCGGAACAGAAUGUACUCGGGAAGAGGAAAAAGGAAGAUUGCGAGAGGAAAGAUAGAGUGCCAGAUACGAUACCAGUCUUCAUAUGCCAGUCUCUAGUAUCUAUCGACCGUUUAAAUUGAUGUUGAGACGAACGAUGAGAAAAAGCUGGAGUGCGUUCAUCUCUCAUUAGCUCCUCCUCGAGAGAGACUCGAGGGUGGUUGUCACCACGGAAAUUCGUUCGCCAGAGACACGAAUGUUGUUCGAUGAGCUAUCACGAGCUCUUCCAAGAAAGUCGGAAAGUCUCCAAGCUCCAGAGACGCAAUCAAGAGCAUAUAUCACGGAGAGAGGACACAUUUAAUACGCUUAUACUAUUCGCAGAAGGGUUUCUACAGAGGGAACAAAAACCCUCCAGUGCCCCGAAGCGUCGCCUUAUUAGCUUUUGCGAGAGGACGACCGGCGACCGCCAAGAGGGAUAUAAUAUACCGAGGAGGGAAAGAACGAAGGAGAGAAGAUCCCGUCGGCGCGCUUCCUAGAUUAGAAGGUCUCGCCACAACGAUUAUUAUCGUUGGGUUCCUCUCCCCGCCACUGCAGACACACUGUGGAGAAGCGGACGGAGGAAGAGAACUGCCGGUGGAAAUCGAUCUUAACGACCACCAUCGUCGUCGGUCGGAUCCGGAUGUUGUUGCCCGCUUGUCGUCGUCGGUCGUGCAAGAAGAAGAAGAGGCAUGUCGAGCUUGGCGCGGAGGAGACACACGGCGUUGCUCGGCUCGAAGCGAUGGUGGCAAGGCGGCUGCUGGGCGACCAGAAGCCACCAGGAGGCGUAUCUGCGCAAACUUUACGGAAGGAAGAACAACGAUGCUAGGAACAGUCAGAGCGACGGGGAUGUUGUCGCGGGGGAAUCCGGUGGCAUCGACGCACCCUGGGCGACGACGUCCGGGAUCGUUUAUGAUCUGCCGAUCACUGCUACUGAUGAGCAUUAUCUCGACGCGUUUCUGAGAAAUCGCAACGUCGCCGCGAACGACAUCGUUGUCGACGAUGUCGUCGCCGCAGUUGUCGGUUGCCCGGCAUUAGCGACGUCGCGUGCCAGUCCGACGGAGAAGUGCGUGGAGUUUCUGAAGAGCGCGCAUCACGACGACGGGACCAGUUUCGAUCGCCGUGCCGUGCCAGACACGGAAUGCGGCCGCGUAGUCGACUGCGGUUCGCUGCAUUCGGCUUACGAUGUCGCCGAUUGUUCGGAGAAGGUGUGCAGAAGUUGCAGGUGCCCGCGAGAGGAGCACCAGCGGGCUUCUACGGAGGCGGGCAGUCCUUCGGGACUCGGCCUGGGUCCGGGCCCGCCGAUGGCGAUGGCGAUGGCGUUCCCGAGCGGCGCCGGCGGCGCGCCACACCAGGAGCCGUUCAAGAGCCCGGUGCAAGCCGCGCCGCCCGGUCUGGCGUUGCAGGAGGCUCUGAUGCAGCAUCAUCAGAGACACUCGCAGAGCGACGACGACAGCGGCUGUGCGCUCGAGGAGUACACAUGGGUGCCGCCCGGGCUGAGGCCCGAUCAGGUGCAUCUGUACUUCAGCGCGCUGCCGGAGGACAAAAUCCCGUACGCGGGUAGCGCCGGCGAGCGCGAGCGGGUGAAGCAGUUGCUGCAGCAGCUACCGCCCCACGACAACGAGGCGCGUUACUGCAGCGGUCUGACCGAGGAGGAGAAGCGCGAGUUGCGCGUGUUCGCGGCGCAGCGGAAGCGCGAGGCCCUAGGACGCGGGCACGCGAGUCAGCUGGAGCGUCCGCAUGGGGCGGGAUGCCGCGAGUGCGGACGCGCGAUCGCGGCCGGCGAGAUGGCCGUGGCGGCCAGUCGGGCCGGACCGGCCGCGCUCUGGCAUCCCGCCUGUUUUGUCUGCUGCGUGUGCCGACAGUUGCUGGUCGAUCUUAUCUACUUCUGGCGGGACGGCAGGCUUUACUGCGGCCGCCACCACGCCGAGACCCUCAAGCCUCGAUGCUGCGCCUGCGACGAGAUCAUCCUUGCCGAUGAGUGCACCGAGGCGGAGGGUAGAGCGUGGCACAUGCGCCACUUUGCUUGCCUCGAAUGCGAUCGACAGCUCGGCGGUCAACGAUACGUGAUGCGGGAAGGUCGGCCGUACUGUCUCAGGUGCUUCGACGCCUCCUUCGCGGAAUAUUGCGACAGCUGCGGCGAGCCGAUCGGCGUCGACCAGGGCCAAAUGUCGCACGAGGGUCAGCACUGGCACGCGACCGAGGCCUGCUUCUGCUGCGCUACUUGCCGCGCCUCCCUCCUAGGUCGGCCGUUCCUGCCGCGACGUGGUGCCAUUUACUGCAGCAUAGCGUGCAGCAAGGGAGAACCGCCGACGACACCGAGCGACUCCUCCGCCGGCCCGCCACCGCCCCCACCGUCCUUCCUCAGGAGCGGUAGAAGGCAAACGGUGGCCACGAGCGAAGGUUCGUCGAGUCCACCGCCACCUCCUCCGCUUCCUCCAGGCUCGAGGCAUACCCUUGGAUCUCCUAGAAACUCACCUCGGAUGACCAGAAGGCAUCAACAAGUUUCCGCUUCCUUAGCGACGACACCCACCCAAAAUAUCCUUAGUCCCGAGUUUAUCGCAGAAGGAAUUCCCUCUAGUGGUUCCAGGCCCAGUGGCCUUGACAGGGUAUUACUGGAACGAAAUCUCGAGAGACUGCUACAGGAACGAAGUUCUCAUCCUGAGGAAAAUCGCAGCGAGUUGGGAAGGUUGAUGCAAGCGCGGGAUCGAGAACCUCUCAGAUGCAUCCAGAAUUGCUCACCUUCCCACGCGUCGAGUAUGCCGGAACUGCCGCCACCCCCGCGGCCGUCCUCGGGAGCAUCGGUUGCAGCGUCGACAUCGACCGCCGGUGCGACGUCCGCCGGCGUAUUGGCGCAAGAGUCAGCGAUGUCUCCGGUCAGCCCCGGGAUCGGAGCCAGCCAGACGGAUCCACCGACGCCGACGUCGCGACGCGUGCGAUUCCAGGGGGAUCUGGAUGUCAACGAUCACGGGGCAACGUCGCGCAUCCCUCUCUCGCCGAUGAACGACCGAAACUCAUCAUCGUCGCCCUCACCGCCGCCCAUGUCGUUGUCGAGAACAAAUGUGUCUCGAUCGAGGAGUCUACAACCUGACGAAGUCGCCAGCACCUCUACAUGGGGGACAGCUGGCACGUCUAGGUCAAGGAUAGACGGUGAGGAUGAUGAUGCCGAGAGCUGCUGCUCGACGUGCAGUUCGUCUAGCAGUUCGGACGAGGCCGCGGCAUACGUGCUGCCACCUCGACGAGCUUACGGCGGUGUUAGAAUCUCUUAUGUGCCGAAUGAUGCAGUGGCGUGCGCACGAAAACGCGCGCCCGUGUCUUCAUCGUCAUCGAAUCAAGCUCAGAGGGACACUGAAAAGUGCGUCGUGUCUUGAUGACUCCUUCUUCCAUGCUUCACGAAUUUUAAUGUCGUGUCGUCCUCGUGAUCAUCAUUUGGGGGGAAAAAACGAGAGGAACGAUACCAGAAGAAGAAUUCCUACAAAGACUUGACGCGCUUUUCAAUAUCUUCCUGUGACAUGUUUCGUACGCACGCGUGAUGCUUACUGCGUGGAUCACGUGUGCGUGACAACGUGAAAACAAUACUCAUUUAAUUUAUGUAAAUAUCGCAAGCUCUCUUCCGGGACGAUCGCCGCGCGCCGCCACGUUCCAGCGGACGCCCGUCCCUCUAUUUUUAAUACCCCAUUAAUGUAUUUGAUAAUAAUAAUGACGACACAAAAUAA